GAAAAAGAAAAGAAAAAGAUAUACCUAACACACAAAGGUCUUAUGACAUCAUCACACCAACUUUGAAAAUGAAAUUAGGAACGAGAGAAUUGGAUGUUCGUUUCCAAAGAUGAUUAAUAAAUGAUAACUUCUUUCCCCUGUUUGAUUAUUAGAACUUAAGAGUUAUUUUUGGUUUUUGUCAAGUUUCCCUACCUCUGAAUGCUUUUAAGUUUCUUCUUGUAGUUUCUUUUGAAUUUUAAUUGAUCCUAAAGUGUUCUUUUCUUUUUAUUUAACCAUAAAAGCAACCACUCUUUCAACUAUUAAAAGGAAAAGGAAAAAAGCUUACUUGAUAACAAUUGGAUAUAUGGAACAGUAGUGUCUUUAUUGCUUUGUUUUGUCUAUAUAAUUUGUUGUCUCAUUGUCUAAGCUGCAUCACAAAGUGAAACAAGAAUGAGUUAGCUUGAACCACACGUUCAUCUUCCGAGAAAGAAACCUACUUUCUCUCAAAUCCACAAAAGAGAGAAAAAAAAGAAAGUAAACUGAUUUGGCUAAGAAAAUGGAAAUAGUGAAGUCGAGGUUCAAGAGGGUUUGUGUGUUCUGUGGUAGCAGCAGCGGAAAGAGAGAGUGCUACAGUGAUGCCGCCACUGAUCUAGCUCAAGAGCUGGUGACGAGGAGAUUGAAUCUUGUGUAUGGAGGAGGAAGCAUUGGUCUCAUGGGUUUGGUCUCACAAGCUGUUCAUGAAGCUGGAGGACAUGUACUAGGGAUCAUACCAAGGACUCUUAUGGACAAAGAGAUAACCGGAGAAACAUAUGGUGAGGUAAUAGCUGUGGCGGAUAUGCAUGAAAGAAAAGCCGAAAUGGCACGCCACUCGGAUUGUUUCAUUGCUUUACCAGGUGGGUAUGGAACACUGGAGGAGUUAUUGGAAGUAAUAGCAUGGGCACAACUUGGAAUUCACGACAAGCCUGUGGGUUUGUUAAAUGUGGAUGGUUAUUACAAUUACCUCCUCACUUUCAUUGAUAAAGCCGUUGAUGAUGGCUUUAUCAAACCAUCUCAGCGUCACAUCUUUGUCUCAGCCCCCAAUGCCAAAGAGCUUGUCCAAAAACUUGAGGCAUACAAGCCAGUGAAUGAUGGAGUCAUAGCUAAAUCUAGGUGGGAGGUUGAGAAGAAAGUGCAACAGCCGCAACAACAGCAACAAGUAGUGUUCUGUUCUAACACAAGCAUGCAGACUGAGAUUGCCCUUUAGACUUUUAGAGGGUCUUAUGGUUAAGAAUUGAUCAAUGUUUAGGGAUAUAAUUAUGAGAAAUAUUAAAGUUUGUUGUUUUCUGGGGUUUCUUUUGUCCCUCUUGAAGAAACCACCUGUAUCAAACUUUCAACAAACUGAUUCCACCAAAAUGCACAACCUGAAAAUAUCAGCACUGAAUCUUGGCCAAUUCUUUGUAGAAAAUGAACACACAAUCUCUUGUGCUGUAUACCAAAGAGUUCAUUCCCUCAAUUAUGAAGAUCAGAAAGAACAACACAAACCAUCACAAUGAUAUUUUGUGGUUGCAGCGGGAUCCAACUUUCCCCAAAUCUUACGGAGCAGGAAUAGGCUGUUCCAUUGGGUCGGAG